AGACAGUCGGUCGUCUGAAGAAAACACAGCAUAACUCAUAAGCAUUUAUUAAUUCUCCAGCUGACCUACACACACCGCAGUAUGUCGUUCUGUCAGUUUUUUGGCGGAGAAGUCUACAAGGAUCAUUUCAAACCAGGUAUAUACGUGUGCUCCAACUGUAACCACCCACUGUUCUCCAGUCGGUCCAAGUUUGCCCACUCGUCCCCCUGGCCGGCUUUCACCGACACCCUCAGAGAGGACAGCGUCACCAAGAUGAUGGAGAGUCUCACAGCCUUCAAGGUUCUGUGUGGCAAGUGUGGCAACGGGCUCGGCCAUGAGUUUGUAAAUGACGGCCCAGACGAAGGACUCUCGAGAUUUUGAAUAUUCAGUCACUCGCUCAAGUUUGUCCCCAACAAAGGCAAGGACAAGCGGUAAAGAGCGAGGUGUGAGUUUCCACUCCAGCUGCUGUAUCUGCUGCUCGGUCCAGUCCACAGGCGGGGUCAGCGUGUGACGUGGACGGGGGAAAGGCCUAAACAGGACGUCCUGUCCACUGAAGAACCUUUGACCAGCCUGUGACACAGUGACAGGACCACACAUCUGCACAUAUUCCUUAACAAAAUGCCUCAUAUUCAAAUAUGUUAACUCCAUGAUUAUCAAAUAUAUCAGUAGAUGCAUGUUAUUUUACCAUGAUAUUGGGUAUUUCUGCUAUCUUUUUCACUACCUCUAUAGUUUUACAUUAUAUUGCUGGUAUGAUUUCCUCCCAGUUCACUUCCCUAAUGGAGAUGUAACUCUAUUAUCUAUGCACUGAAGAAGUUCACAUUCCUUUUGGUAUCCGUUUUGUUUGUUGUAUGUUUAUUUCAAGAUUAUACAGAAGAAAAGAAACUGUCAACUUACUGUAUGAACAGGAAUAUUUUCUUCUCUUUUUGUUAUGUACUGUAAGCCAGUGUACUUGAAUUCGAUUCUUACAUGCAAAAUAAUUAAUUUAUAGGAAUGUUUGUACAUUUGCAUUUUAUUUUGAAAAACUCAUCUAGCGCAGCAUUUUAAUUUACCUUCACCGUUACAGGAUUUUGAUGCUCAUAUAAGGGAACAAACAAUAAAUUAUAGUUUGGUA